AUGAUGGACGGAGACAAACUCCACGCCCGGUGCACCUCGGAGGUCUUUGGCCGACGCCAACAGGAGGAUACGCUGCAUGAGGAGACGUUCAGGCAAACGAGGCAGUGGAGGGCAAGAGACACCAAGAACUUCAACCACGGCGGCCCAAGAGAUAACGAAUGUAAAAAACAGGCCCGCCAGCGCUACCGCUGUUUUUAUAAUGUGAAAUACACUAAAGCCAGAAUGACUGGUGACAGGUUGGCAGUGAAGCAGGAGGCAGACGACAGGGAUGAGGGAGAGGUGGAGUGUCGGGCUACGAAGCCGACGAGCUGUAAGGGGUCAAAGAGCAAAAAGAGCAGAGAGGGAGACGCCGGAGGACGGGCACAGUCCCCGGGGACGGAGGACAUCAGCAGGCAGAGGGAGUCGCAGAGAGGUGAGGGAAACAAAACAGGCGGUCAGGAGACAAACACGUCCGCGGAACAGGCCGGGCCGUCCGCAGAGGAAGCAGAAAGGACUGGCGGCGGGAGUGACGGGGGAGAGGACGGCACCCCGGGGAAAUGUGGUUUGGGAAGGAAUGGAACGGAGAAAACUGUGUUUUUUACGGGAAAGGAGCAGAGGACAAACAAAACGCACAAGAGCCACAGUGCAGAGGAGGCACAGACAACUCCGAGAAAGGAUGACAGUGACUUGAGAGAAGUGAGGACUUCCCAACAGAUGGCACUGGAAAAUGAGCGCUCAGGUAUGCAGGUUUGUCUUACAGAUGUGGAGCACAAGGAGCAUGCAGGGAAUGAGGCUACAGGGCAGGAAGCCACAGACAGGAGUGAAACAGCUCAGGGACCGAGGGACUCGCAGCCUCGGUGGAGACACGAAGACAAGCAGCAGUGGGACGUUUGGGAGGAGAAAACCAACGAGCUGAAGCCCAGGGGCCGAGACGAUAGAGGGUUCGCCGCGAGGGAGCAGCGAGGACAGAGGCACGAAUCAAGGAGCCGAGUCCAGAGCAGGUGGACCAGAGGAGACACCGUAAGGUCCCAGACGCUCAGAAACAGAUACAGGUGGCGGGCGGACGGGGAGAGUCGCGGCAAAGCAGGAGGUGCAGGGCCAGGGGAGAGCGAGGCAGGCGGAGAGAAGAGUGCAGGUGAGGAACGGAGCCAGCUGACUCGUGGAGGAGGGAGGUUUCACGCCUCAGAGGUCGAAGAGGAAAGCCGGCAGGGGAGCGGCAGGAGCAGCCCGCCGAGGCUCACAGGUGAGAGGAGCGGUGAGAGGAAGACGACACGCUCGGCACCCUGCGGCAAAACGUGGCGUCACAUCGGACGGGACUGUGCACUGCGUUUGUGCUCGCUGUCAUUCCCUCCACGAGGUCAAAACACCGACUUUAAACUGAGCCGCUCGGUUCAUUUAACAUAA